CGGGGUCCGUCGGGGCUGACGUCACCUGUCUGGGCCUGCGGCUUCAGGCUUCUCCCUGUGACCGAGGGUAGAAGCAGUGAGUCUGGGUUGGGGACCACACACCUGGGAAAGUACCGUGAUUCAGCCAGGAUCGUAGGAUGAGUUCCUCCAGCGAUGAAGGCAGCAGGACCCCUACGCCUCAGGACGCAGCCGGCCCCAGGAAGGAUGGACAUUCUCUCAACAGGAGCAUAAAGCAAGAGACCGAUUGUCUGGUUCGGAUUGCUUUGUUUGGUGCUGAAAACAACGACCAGGAAUAUCAGAUGAAAGAUGCCCGAAGCAAAAGGUUGGAUGACUAUAACUCAUGGGACGAAAGCAAACUGCAAGCAGGCAGUUAUGCUGAGGAGUUUAGCCCAAAGAAUGGGAGAGGUCCAAAGAACAAGUAUAGAAACAGGAAGUGUGCGGUUCAAAGCCUUCAGAAGAAAGAGUUCACUUUUAGCGUGUGCGGAGACCCAGAUAAUAUCCAGUAUGCAUUUACCGCGGAUCCUAGCUACACGUUACUCUCUGCGCUGAACACGUCCUGUGACUUUGAAGAGAAGGUGAAAAGUGACAACACGAUCCUGGCCUACGGGGAGGGCCCACUGAGAGGGUUGGUGCACCUGGACAUCCGGUGCCAUUACCUGCCACAGCAUUCCCACUUCCGGCUGCUCUUCCUGCGGACCCAGAUCCGGGAGGGCAGUGGCAGCGGGUCUGAGCACCCUAUGCCCCCUGAGUGCCCGCGUGGCGAGAGGCACGUCCUCUUCUACGUGGAGCCGAGUGGCAGGAGCGCGGGCAACAGUGCCCAGAGGAUUGUCCUGUCUGACCGGAUUGCCCACGGGCAGACCAAGCUCUGCGUCCUGGGCUUCCAGGGGGAGACCAUCCGGGAAGCGCUGGCCAGUGAUGGCCGCUUCGACGCCAAGGUAGAGGACGACAGCCACAAGCUGCUGGAGAAGGUGGACCCACCAAGGAAGAUCCAGUUCAACAACACAGUGGAUGGGCUACACGGCCGCAGCUUCCAGGUCGAGCUGAGCGGCCCCAGGAGGAAGGCUGCUCCUGACGACGGCGGCAGAAGCCCGAAGCCCAGAGCUGGUGAAUCGGCUGUGCGGCUGGCCAGGAAGGAGCCGGACAACCGGGGGCAUGAGGGGGCUCGCUGCCUGCUGCCGAGGUGGCACCUGGAAGCCCGCCGAGCCUCCCUCUCCAGGUUCAAGCAGUUGGUGUCCAGGAAUGCUGAGCUGGACAACAUCUCGGAGCGGCAGUACCUGAACCGCCACCACCAGGAGGCCCUGGCGCCGGUGCCUGCCAGGGCUUUCCGCUGCAUCUCGGGCCGCCUCUCCAGCGUGGGCUGUGUCACCUGGAAGAGCUCGGCCGCUCUGGGCAGUGGCACCUGCUUCAUCCUGGGUGAGCGGUACCUCCUCACCUGCUACCAUGUGGUGGAAAUGAUGACAGAGGGCGCUGCACCGGGCACCUGGCCCACUCUGGUCCGCGACUGCUCUGAGGUCUUCUUUGGCUAUGAGGAGGAUGGUAGGAAGGGUCAGCCGCUGAAACUGGCAGCCUGGCUGGAGAUUUACGACCAGGCGCUUGACUACGCCGUCCUGGAGCUCGAGACCAGCCCCGGGACCCCAGGCCUGCUACAGCUCUGGGCCAGCCCACCUCAGACUGGCACCCUGUAUAUUACUGGGCACCCUGAAGGAGACAAAAAGAAAAUCUGCCCUUGUGUGGUUGUGACUGGGUACCCAAAGGCAACUGGUUACACAACGCCAGAUCUGGAAAGCUUGAGACCUGGGGUUGCCAGAGAAGAAGCUGAGGAUUACACGCACGAGCUGGUCUUGAUUGCAAGUCAAGCUUUCAAUAGACUGAAAUACUCGAAUGUAAUCACUUACAAAACAGAGUUUCACUACGGUGCUGCAGGCUCCCCGAUAUUUAACUCUGAGGGCUCCCUGGUUGCAUUGCACUGCGGUGGGGAGAUUUAUAGAAAAAAUAAAGACCCAGAAAAAUUCUACAUUGAACUUGGAAGGCCCAUCCCGCUUAUUCUCCAUGAUAUAAUUAGCAAGAGCCAGACUGCCGCCACAGAAAAGUCAGAGCAGCUAAUCGCCACACUACAGCACUUUUUAAUGCGAGAUGUAGACGGCUAGGGAACAGGUUAUGGAGCAAGGUGGGUGUACUGGUUAAGAAAGUUACAUCAAAUGGAUGGGAAAGGUACAAAUGAAUUUUCUUUUUUUUCUCUCUGGUGGGUAUUACCUGAAGAAUCAACCCAGUGACCAUGUAGUUUGCUUGAAUUUAGCAAUUUGUCCAGCAGCCACUAUCUGGCUUGGAUUUUUAAAGGGGUUUGUUGUCUAGCAGUGGAGAACAAUACGGGUAACUUUGUUUGGUGACAUGACAAUGUGCAUCAACCAAGUUUAAAGGAGGGAAACACUACAGAGCUCCAUGUUAAAGCAAAUGUAUGAGGGGCGACUUUUGCUUUGCUUUUUAAUAAGGUUUUGCUCCUCAAAUGUGGAAACUUGCCAUCCCAGACAGUGAGAGUGGAUUUAGAGAAAUGCUCAGUGGGAAAUAAUCGAGGCUUUCUUUGGUUAGUGUCUACAAAUCUGUAUCCUUGUUUCCCAACAACAUUGUAGAACAUAGAACAGUACAGCACAGAACAGGCCCUUCAGCCCACGAUGUUGUGCCGACCAUUGAUCCUCAUGUAUGCACCCUCAAAUUUCUGUGACCAUAUGCAUGUCCAGCAGUCUCUUAAAUGUCCCCAAUGACCUUGCUUCCACAACUGCUGCUGGCAACACAUUCCAUGCUGUCACAACUCUGUGUAAAGAACCCGCCUCUGACAUCCCCUCUAUACUUUCCUCCAACCAGCUUAAAACUAUGACCCCUCGUGUUAGCUGUUUCUGCCCUGGGAAAUAGUCUCUGGCUAUCAACUCUAUCUAUGCCUCUCAUUAUCUUGUAUACCUCAAUUAGGUCCCCUCUCCUUCUCCUUUUCUCCAAUGAAAAAAGUCCGAGCUCAGUCAACCUCUCUUCUUAAGAUAAGCCCUCCAGUUCAGGCAGCAUCCUGGUAAACCUCCUCUGAACCCUCUCCAAAGCAUCCACAUCUUUCCUAUAAUAGGGCGACCAGAACUGGACGCAGUAUUCCAAGUGCGGUCUAACCAAAGUUUUAUAGAGCUGCAACAAGAUCUCACGACUCUUAAACUCAAUCCCCCUGCUAAUGAAAGCCAAAACACCAUAUGCUUUCUUAACAACCCUGUCCACUUGGGUGGCCAUUUUAAGGGAUCUGUGUAUCUGCACACCAAGAUCCCUCUGUUCCUCCACACUGCCAAGAAUCCUAUCCUUAAUCCUGUACUCAGCUUUCAAAUUCGACCUUCCAAAAUGCAUCACCUCGCAUUUAUCCAGGUUGAACUCCAUCUGCCACCUCUCAGCCCAUCUCUGCAUCCUGUCAGUGUCCCGCUGCAGCCUACAACAGCCCUCUAUACUGUCAACGACACCUCCAACCUUCAUGUCGUCUGCAAACUUGCUGACCUAUCCUUCGAUCCCCUCAUCCAAGUCAUUAAUAAAAAUUACAAACAGUAGAGGCCCAAGGACACAGCCCUGUGGAACACCAGUCACCACUGACUUCCAGGCAGAAUAUUUUCCUUCUACUACCACUCGCUGUCUUCUCUUGGCCAGCCAAUUCUGUAUCCAGACAGCUAAGUUCCCCUGUAUCCCAUUCCUCCUGACCUCCUGAGUGAGCCUACCAUGGGGAACCUUAUCAAAUGACUUACUGAAGUCCAUAUACACCACAUCCACAGCUCGACCCUCAUCAACUUUUCUAGUCACAUCCUCAAAGAACUCUCAAGGUUUGUGAGGCAUGACCUGCCCCUCACAAAGCCGUGUCGACUGCAUUUAAUCAAGCCAUGCUCUUCCAGUUGGUCAUAAAUCCUAUCCCUCGGAAUCCUUUCUAACGCCUUGCAGACAACAGACGUGAGACUUACUGGUCUGUAAUUGCCGGGGAUUUCCCUAUUUCCUUUCUUGAAGAGAGGAGUUACAUUUGCCUCUCUCCAGUCCUCAGGUACGACUCCAGCGGAGAGUGAGGAUGCAAAGAUCUUCACAAGUGGUGAAGCAUUUGCAUUUCUCGCUUCCCAAAGCAGCCGAGGACAAAUCUGGUCCGGGCCUGGCGACUUGUCAAUCUUAAUAUUUGACAAAAUUUUCAGCACAUCAGCUUCCUUUAUCUCUAUCCAUUCCAGUAUGCACACCUGUUCUUCAAAGGUUUCAUUCACUACAAAGUUCGUUUCUUUUGUAAAGACAGAAGCAAAAAACUCAUUUAGGGCUUCCCCUACCACCUCAGACUCCACACACAAGUUCCCUAUGCUAUCCCUGAUCGGCCCUACUCUUUCUUUGACCAUUCUCUUAUUCCUCACAAGUGUAAAAUGCCUUUGUGUUCUCCCUAAUCCGUUCUGCCAAGCCUUUCUCGUGCCCCCUCCUGGCUCUCCUCAGACCAUUUUUGAGCUCCUUCCUCACCUGCCUGUAAUCCUCUAGAGCUGAGCUUGACCCUAGCUUCCUCCACCUAAUGUAAGCUACCUUCUUCCUUUUGACGAGAAGCUCCUCCGCUCUCGUCAUCCAAGGUACCUUUAUCUUACCCCUUCUUGCCUGUCUCAUAGAACAUAGAACAGUACAGCACAGAACAGGCCCUUCAGCCCACAAUGUUGUGCCGACCAUUGAUCCUCAUGUAUGCACCCUAUAGAACAUAGAUACAGAGGGACAUAUUUAUUUAUCACUUGCAACAACUGUUCCUCAAACAGUCUCCACAUGUCUAUAGUGCCUUUACCAUGGAACGAUUGCUCUCAGUCCAUGCUUCCUAACUCAUGUCUAAUCGCAUCAUAGUUUCCUCUUCCCCAAUUAAAUAUCCUCCCAUUUUGCCUAAUCCUCUCCUUCUCCAUAGCUAUGUAGAAUGUGAGGCAGUUAUGGUCACUAUCACCAAAAUGCUGUCCCACCACAAGAUCUGAUACCUGCCCUGGCUCGUUUCCGAGCACCAAGUCUAGAAUGACCUCUCCCCUCAUCGGCCUGUCAACGUACUGAGUUAGGAAACCCUCCUGAACACACCUUACAAAAACAGCUCCAUUCAAAUCUUCUGCUCGAAGGAGGUUCCAAUCAAUAUUGGGAAAGUUAGUCACUCAUUCCAACAACCCUACUACGUCCACACUUUUCCAAAAUCUGCCGACCUAUGCUUUCUUCAAUCUCCCUGCUGCUAUUGGGGGGCCUGUAGUAAACCCCUAACGAGGUGACUACUCCCUUGCUGUUCCUAAUUUCCACCCAUACUGACUCGGUAGGCAGAUCUUCCUCGACAGUGGAAGCUUCUGUAGCUGUGAUACUAUCUCUGAUUAAUAGUGCUACACCCCCUCCUCUUUCUCCCCCCUCCCUAUUUUUUUUUAAAUGCUGUAAACCCUGGAACAUCCAGCAACCAUUCCUGCCCCUGAGAAACCCAUGUCUCUGUUAUGGCCACAACAUCAUAGCACCAGGUACUGAUCCAUGCUCUAAGUUAAUCACUUUUAUUCCUGAUACUCCUUGCGUUAAAGCAAACACACUUUAACUGAUCCCUUGGUUCCUUCCCAGGAAAAUCCUUCCCACUAGCUGGUCUACCUCUUGCUACUGCCUCACCUGCAUCAACUCUCACCUCCGGUAUACAGCUCAGGUUCCCACCCCCCUGCCGUACUAGUUUAAACCCUCUCGAACUACUCGAGCAAACGUUCCACCCAGGACAUUGGUCCCCUUCCAGUUCAGAUGGAACCCGUCCUUCUUGUACAGGUCCCACCUUCCCCAGAAGGCAUCCCAAUUGUCUACAUAUCUGAAGCCCUCCCUCCUACACCAGCUGCUCAGCCACGUGUUAAGCUGCGCCCGCUCCCUGUUCCUCGCCUCGCUAUCUCGUGGCACCGGUAGUAAACUAGAGAACACUACUCUGUUUGUCUUGCUUUGCAGCUUCCAUCCUAACUCCCUGAAAUCACUUUUUAUAUCCUCAAACCUAUUUCUGGCUAUAUCAUUAGUGCCAAUAUGUAACACGAUUUCUGGCUGUUCGCCCUCCCCUUUUAGAACCUUAUGCACCCGAUCGGAGACGUCCCGGACCCUGGCACCGGGGAGGCAACAUACCUUCCGGGAAUCCCGAUCCUGACCACAAAAUCUCCUGUCAAUUCCCCUAACUAUCGAGUCCCCUACCAUGAGUACUUUUCUAUUCUGCCCCCUUCCCUUCUUUGCCAGAGAACUGACUACUAUGGCUUUCCUCUGGUAGGUCAUCCCCCCCCCCCCCAGCAGUAUCCAAAACGGUAUACUUAUUGCUGAGGGGAAUGCACACAGGGGAUCUCUGCACUGUCUGUCUGUCCCCUUUCUUCCCCCUAACUGUAACCCAUCUAUCCUGGUCCUGAGUCUUAGGAGUGACCAACUCCCGGUAACUCCUCUCAAUUACCCCCUCUGCCUCCCGAAUGAUCCGUAGUUCAUCCAGCUCCAGCUCCAUUUCCCUAACACGGUUUUCAAGGAGCUGGAGUUGGGUGCACUUCCCGCAGAUGUAGCCAGCGGAGACGUGUGCCAUGUCUCCCACCUGCCACAUUCUGCAGGAGGAGCAAGCAACUGCCCUAGCAUCCAUGCCCCACUUAUCUGAACAUCCACUCAGUACUAAAGUAGAAAGCUUAGUUCGAGUUGCUAUAAAAUUAAUAACAAACUUAUUUUCAAUGGAGAAAGUUUAGAAUGAACCUUACCUUAUUAACUAGGUUAGAGGAGGAGGGUGGGUGGGAGACAUUACAGUUUGCAAACUCAAAGUGGCCAUCUGUGUGAACCGAGAUGGUGACUAUAUUUGAGGGCACCCUGGAUCACAGCUAAGCCCCUAUCUUGUUCUUUAGAAAUUUUCCGACACUAGAAAUUGGGAGUGCCGACCUCGCUCAGGUUCUUAAGCUGAUUUUCGCCUGAUGCUUUGAACAUGGGUCAAAGAUUGAGUGGGUUCAAGCGACAAUUUUUGGUCGGUGUUGAACUGUCAAUUCUGAGACACUUUUUUAAUCCUCAAACCUGCGUGCACCCCCACCCCACAAAAAGAAGACAUUGCCCAAUCCUGGAGCAAUUUCGAUUUUGUUUUGCUGCAUUUGCAGAUUUUUUUUUUAGCCAGACUUUGUUUAGCAUGUGGCAUUUGUCUGGCUUGAACUGACAAAGCUGAGCAUCAGUGUGUAAUUUUGAAUGUUUUUGUCCCAUUGAUUGUCAAAUUGCAAUGAGAUUUUUGUAUUACCUCCGACAGACAGCAAUGCCUUUUUGUACAUUUUAUUGGCACAGCUCAGCAGACAACUCGAACAUGAUGUCCUGUCCCAGUGAUAUAUUGGAAAUAUAGUUUUGAAAUCUUGGGAUUCACCACCUCAUCCUACCCUGUAGAAGCAACUACACACAAUGAACAGACAAAUUUGUCUGAAUUUGCUCCCUGGUUGCAAAUCAUGUAGCUCGGGAGAUAGCUGUGGGACUUGUUAAUGUCCCCUUUUGUACACCCAUUCCUUCUUGCACUAGGUUGCUACAGCUGGUUUGCACAGUGUCUGAUGCAACAAAAUGUUUUCCAGUAGGUUUGUACAGUAAAGUUUAAUUACAGAAAAGUGCCAAGUACUAUCUUCAGCAGCCCACAGUAUUUUGAUUUCCUCUCACGCACACUCAUUAGGACCUGCAAAACUCUUCAAUGAGGCUGCAGUCCUGCUUCACUGUAAUCUUCAUCUCGGAUGUGCAACGUAACCUUUCCAUUUAUGCAGACCAGGGGAAACAUUACUGCCUGAUUUAUUAAAUGGCUGUAGAAAAAAAACAGCUUGUGCCAUUUUAGUACUAAUUUGAAUUCUGUUAUAUUUGUGGUCUGUAUGUUCUCCACAGUUUCAUCCCACCUCAUUUAUGUAUUGAUGCCAAAGAGACCGUUUCAGUUUAAAUGAAAUGCUUUUCGCUCCCACUGGUGCGAUGGCCAGGAUUGGAACAUCUGUGAGCAAUACAACCAUGGGAGGCAUCACAGGCCUGAUGGUUGUGUCCUCCAACACUUGUGUGCUAAGAACAAUUGAUGGAAAUAAUUAUGGCAAAAUCACAGAAAGAACCACCGGUCAUGUGCCACCCCCUACUCCCCCUUGCCAGUCUCAAUUAAAGCAAUCAAUCUCUGAAACCUGUGUGGCUCUGUACCACAUUAAUGAAUGUAUUUUACCACUGACCUGUUUCGUUUUUAUUCUCCCUCUGACUGUUCCUGUAUGUAUCAAGCACGAUUGCCAAAUGCUUGCUUUCACAUGCCAAAAUAUAUCGAAUGAGCACCCGCUGGUGAAAUGCUAAGUAACUGGGUUUUGGAGCAUUAACUACAGCAGUUGGGUAACUUUGCCAAGUGUUUGUUUUGGUGCAUGCUUUUACGAUCGCAGAGAAGCUUUCUGGCUGUGGGCGUCACAGAGAGUUCUGUCCUGCCCUCGCCUGGCUUCUGCUCAAGUAGAUAUUCAUUGGGGAGGGGUAGGAUGGGCAGCUGUGUGUUGUCCAAGUGCAUGAAAUCGAGAUGGUUUAAACUUGUUUUCUUCCCUAUCGUAGGGGCAUUGACCAAUUGUAGCACUCCCAUCACUGCUGUGGUAACUCCUCACAGGUGGCUGGGACCAAGCCUCGGCUUCGGAGAAUAAAGUCUUUAUUUCUGGGCCAGAUGGUUGGUAAAUGUCUUCUUGGGGAGAAUAAAGUCACAUAAAUAUUGGAACAUCACACGCAUAAAAUGGAAAGAUUUCCAUUUUAUUUUCUGUAACACAAAAGAAAGGACCUGAACCCUUCAUAAAGCCCUCAUUCGUAGCUUGAAUGGCGCUGCAAUAUUUUUGUCAAACUGGGAUUUUUUUAAUUGCUAGAAUUUGAUACAAGGAUUCCUGGCUAUUCUGUAACUCUCAUAAUUGGGUCAUGUAGUCGCAAUAAAAAAAAUCCUGAUUAAAA